UUGUAGCGCUCCUCCGAUCGCAAUGGCAACUGUUCGGACAGGACGACACCAGCAACUUUUGUCGCAUUUUUAAUAUUAGAGAGACAUUAUAAGUCGCUAAAGGAACUACUUUCUAAUGUGAGAAACAAACGUUACACAAUUUAUCUAGUCCGAAAAUGUCCCAGGGAUGUACCGUUUCUGUGGAAGAGAUCCAGUCUUGGUGGGAAGUCCCCGCCAUAGCCCACUUCUGCUCGCUGUUCAGGACAGCAUUCAACCUUCCAGACUUUGAAAUAGAGGAGCUGGAGAAAGCCCUGUCAGAGCAGGACUUGGACUUCCUUGGGGACCUCAUUGCUUGUUUGUUGCAGGGAUGCUACCAGCGAAAUGACAUCAGCCCCCAGGCAUUUAGCAGUUACCUGGACGACAUCAUCAGCUACCGGUGGGAGCUGGAAGAAGGGAAGCCCAACCCACUUCGGGAGGGUCCCUUUGAGAAUCUCCCUCCCCGCACUCAGGUGGAGCUGCUGCACCGGCUGUGCGACUACCGCCUGGAUGCUGCCGAUGUCUUUGACCUGCUUAAGGGACUGGAGGCCGACAGCCUGAGAGUGGAACCGCUGGGGCAGGAUGGAAAUGGAGCCCUCUACUGGUACUUUUACGGCACUCGUAUGUACAAAGAAGAGCCGCUCAAGAGGAAAUCGGAGAAGAUCAGUGAAACUACGGAGCUGACAUUACCAGAGAAAAAGAAAAGGGGAAGACCACCGAAGAAGAAAAGACUGGAUGACCCUCAGCUAAGUGACGUGGAAAGUGAUGGGACUGAGGUGAAGACAGAAAAUGGGCUGGAAGAUGUCCGUCCCAGCACAGGCCACAAGCGAGGCACUUGGUCCCUUGUGUGUGAUACAGAGGAACAGUGGGUCAGUCUGGCAGAAAGCAUCAAGGACAAAACCUCCCCACAGGACCGCCACCUCUACCGUGUCAUCAGCCAGAACUUCCUGCCUGAGAUCAGCAGCAUGAUUGAGCACAAGGAGCGGGAGCAGAAACAGAAGCUACUGGACCCAACCCCAGUUCGCAUAUCACAGCGGUUCUCUGAAAAACAAAUUAACCAGGACGAGGAGGAUAAUCUGAAGGCCAUAACAGAGGAGGAGAAGAAGAAAGAUGAAGAGCUGGACAGGCAGGUCCUGCUGGCUGAGCAGCGACGAGAAGAGGAAAGACUUCAGCAGGAAGAACAACAGCGAGAAAAGAUGGAGAAGAUCAAAGCUGUGGAGGAGCGAGCAAAGAGGCGGAAGAUGCGAGAGGAAAGGGCCUGGCUACUGUCUCAAGGAAAGGAGCUGCCACCUGAACUCCUUAACUUGGAGCCGUCUUCUCCUGUACACAGAACACGCAAGAAUAAGUCAUUCUAUGAAAUUGAUGAUGACUACACUGCUCUCUACAAAGUGCUGGAGGUCUUGAAAGCCCAUAAAGAUGCUUGGCCUUUCCUGGAGCCUGUGGAUGAAUCCUACGCCCCCAAUUACCAUGAGAUCAUCCAGUCUCCCAUGGACCUGUCCACCAUUGAAAAGAAGCUCAAUGAUGGGGAGUACAUUGCUAAAGAGGAAUUUGUUGCUGACGUGAAGCUCAUGUUUGAAAACUGCAUCGAGUACAAUGGAGAAGACAGCGAGUACACGAUCAUGGCAGAGACUCUGGAACGGUGUUUUAGCCGGGCCUUAUUGAAACACUUUCCAUCAGAGGAUGGCGACACAGAUGAGGAAUUCCACAUCAGCGGUGAAGACAAGGAGCGCAAGGACAAAAAGCGCAAUCGUGGCAGCAGUAAACAUUUGGGUCCUGAAAGUCUAAUCAAAGCCACUGAGCAAGUCCAGCGUAAGCGCAGCUCCCAAGGGGGCAAGGGCGGCACACUGUCAGAGGAAGAGGACAGCAAAGCAACACGACCACCUCCUCCCCUUCGCUGGGCCAAUGGCCCCCCUCACCCACACGGCCUGCCACCUAGUCAGCAGCACAUGCAUCAAGGAGACAUUAGGGGCAUGUACCACCCAGGGCAGCAGCUCCGUCGGCCCCCUGGCCCCUCUGGUCCUCAUGGCCCACACAUGUAUGGCCAAAGAAUGGCCAUGAAUCCCCGCUUCGCUUACCCAGCUCACAUUCCCCGGCAUGGAGACCCCAGUUUGAACCGUUUACCCCACAACUUUAACAUGCAGCAUCGCAUGGUUGAAGGACAUCCCAUGGGUCCUAGGUAUCCAAUGGUCCCAGAUCAUAACCAGCAGCAGCCUCCACACCAGCAGCAGCACCCCUACAUGGGCCCAACUCAUGGCCCGUCUUUGGGCCCACGUCCGGUAGGCCUGCAGCCUGGUCCUCCUCCUGAAGCCAGCAUGUAUCCAUCCCACCACCGUCCAGAGGGCCACACCAUGCACUCCAUGGGCAACAGAUUCCCAGGGCCAGAGGGACCACCUCAGCACAAUUACCCAGGCUUGCGGCCACCCGGUAUGGGCCUAUCCAACAUGUGGACUGGUAUGAAUCACCAGGAGAGACAAAAUGGGAUGCGCAUGCAAGAUCCCAACAUGGUGAACCAGCGCAACUUUAAUUACGGUGGAGUACCCCCUCCAGUGGGGCAUAAACCAUGGCCGGAAGCUGCUGGAUACCCCCACCCUCCUCCCAAUGCCCAGUAUCAAACGUCUGCAGCGGUGAGCUCCCCGGGGCCCAUGUCCUCCCGUCCCCCUAUUCCCCACCCAGACUCCUCUGGCAGGACACGCUUGGCUUCCAUGCUGGAAAGCCCAGAGAUGCUGGCCCUGCAGCAGCUGUCAGCCUCUUCUGGACCCCCUGCUGGUGCCCCUCAUCAGCACAUGGGCAACUUUCAGCAGCCUGGGCCCCCAUCAGGAAUUGGCAGCAUCCCAGCUCACCCCUCUCAGCAGCCUCCCCCUGCCCCUGAGGUUCAGCUGCUGCGUCCUGCUAGAGACAAUGGGCCAGACAGCCAGCCUCCCCAACAGACAGACAUGCAGCCCAAAGAUUCAACAUCAGAGGCUGCCAACUGCAUUUCCACUGAAGCGUCAUCACAUAAAAACACUGUUUCAGUGAACCAAGAGCACCCAUCUAUCCAGAGCCCCACAGAACACCACCCCAGGCCAGCAGAGGGAAUGCAGAGCCCCCCAGCCUCAAACUCGGGCAGAUCACAGGAGAAUCCAUCUGGACCAGUGCUCCCACAGUGUUCAACAGAGGGCCACAAGGAGGAGGGAGAUGGCCAAAGACAAUCUGCCAGCCACCAUCCCAUUCAACACAUCGGUGCCACAACUGUUUCAUCCCAUCUUAACACAAGUACCAACAGCUCCACUGACCCUAAUCAACCCAGCCACCCUCAGCAUUCACAGAACAGUCCGCAGCACAAAGCUCAGAGCCCCACACUUCUUCACCAGAACGCACCGCCACUGCAUACUGCAGCAAAUCAGAAUUCUACCCAGCCAGUGUCAGAGAGCAACUUGUCACACACGCAGCAAAGUGAACAUCAGCAGAACAUCCAAAAACAGCAGCAACCUCAGGCAACACAGAGUACCCCUCCCCAGUGCCUCCCUCAGAGCUCCCCCCAGCAGAUGACUCAGAGCUCACAGCAACUACCGCCUCAUCAUGCCCCCCAAAACAUCUCUCCACAGCGUCCUACACAGAGCAGCCCCAUGCAUGGGAUGCCACUGAGUGCCACACAUGGAGCCCAGCCUGGACCCCCUCAGCCAGCUCCUCUCACCUCCUUGCCACCCAGUCAUCCUACCCUGCUGUUACCCUCCCAGCCUAGCCCAGCAGACCAUGGGGACCAACGACCUAGUGAGCCGACAAGUAGACCCGACACAAACGGCACUGUCGUUCCUCCACAGCACAUGAUGAAAUCUGGGCCUCCAAAUGGUGUUUACAAACACCAGGCAUUUAGCCCCAAUCACCAUCAAACCCGGCUGGUGGGUAGUAACCCAGGUAUGCAGGCUCAGAGAGGGCCAGCACCUGCUCACAAUCCAGCCAUUCCUCCUCACUCCCAAGGCCAGGUGAAUGGAGCCAUGGGUCCAUAUGGUAUGGGGAACCAUCCACAUCCACACUACAGCCAUACAAACAUGACCCGACCCAUGCCUCCCUCUGCUCACCACCCUUAUCACAACCAGGCCAUGAACCCCCUACACAAUCCUGCUCAGCACCCCUCCUACCACCAGCAGGGAGGAACUGCCUACCCCUACCACAUGUCAGGACAACAGCACCCUCAGGCCCACCCCAACAUGUACCCACCUCAUCAGUACCAGCAGCAACACUACUACCCACAACCCCAAGCCCAGGCCCAUAACCAAGCCAACAGUAGAGGCAGUUACCCUCCAGAGGAGUGGCAUCGGUCUCAUUAUCAGCCUCAUCAGCCGAUGCCGCCCAAUGCCUACCUACCUGUAGCAAGUGCCAGAGGGAACGGUCAGUUGAAGGAGAGCAGUGUGUCACCCCUGGGCUCUGAGGGCUCUGGUGGGGCUAGUUUGGUGUCUCCUGGCCCUGCAUCUGAAGUAGGCCCACACCUUGGAGGCCCAGAGGAGAGAAAGAGUGAAAGCAGGGAGCAGGCCAGCGGUGGCAGCCCAGCAAAGCAGGCUCGUACAGAGAGCUCAGAGCGACCUGAAAGCCCUAAAGAAAUCCUGGACCUCGACAGCCAUAAUGCCGCCGCUCGCCGCCGCAGCACCCAGCCACCUCAGCAGCACCCUCCCGCCUCUGCUGCACACAUGGUGUCUGGCUUCAUGUACGACCCUCGUGCUGUGCACCCUGGGAUGCAGAGAGGUGGCGUUCCUCCACCCCACAUGAUGUUUCAGACUCAUGGAGAUGGCAACAGAGCCCCUUACCCUGGCCAGCCAUACCCAGAUCCUGGACGCUAUGCCGCCCAAAGACCUCACCCACACCUGAUGGAGGCUCUGCAGCGACCCCAGCAGCUGCCUUACUCACAGGGUCAGACACGCAUGGCCAUGUACAGACACCCUCAACCUACCGGGCACUUCCAGGGCAUGAUGAUUCAGCAGAGAGGCCUGGCACCAGAUCACUUCCUGCAUCCUGGGCAACAGAUGAUGACUGCUCCAGGUGGUCCCAGCAGUAAACAAGGAGUGUGACAUGUGCCAUAUCAGAGCUUGUUUUAAUCAAAGAACAUCUGGACGAAGCGGUUUGCCAAAAGGAAGUAUAUUUGGACAUGUAGAGGGAACACUUUGCUCCACUACAUCUCUUACAAAUUUUCUUAAACAGGAUGAAAACCUUUGGCUCUAUUUUACCCACCACUGGAUUUGAAGAUCCAACCAGGCAGCUGGUUUUAAGAUAAUGAUAAUAAUAAUGUGAACUGUUAUUGAGCCGUGGAGAGCAAUUCUUUUUUUUUUUUUUUUUGCCCUUCUUUUGAACUGGCAGGGAUUCACUGACUUGCUCAACGUCACUUGACCAUGGUGGUGUCUUACCAACAUGAGCAUUUGAAUUAGCAAAAGGGCAGUCUUUUUAACCACUAGGCCAACCUGCUCAACACAGAGGACCCUGCCUUCAAGAUCACUGGACAGCCCUCUCCUCUGUGCGCAAUUGAAAUAUGAACUCAGUCCAUCUAACUUGUCCAUCGACUGUAGUGCUUGACGGAGCUGUUAAUCUACUGACAGAAAAGACUGUGAUGAAGACAAGAGGGACUGUUGUUUUUACUGUUGUCUGUUUCUAUCUUCAAACUCAGGUGUAGAAAAAGGAGGUACUAUGAGACUGUCUCCCUGACCCUGUCAACUCACAGGCCCCUUGCAAUUGCCUUGGUUUCCGUUGUGAAUGUAUGUGUGAAUGUGUAGACAAUAGGGUGUGUACAGCAGAUUAGCUGCAUGUAAAAGGACACAAACACUGAUCAUUUGUCUGAAGCAUAAAAUGUCCUGAAAAAAGGCCCAUUUACUGUCCAUAUUCACCCAGCAGUGUUUCUCUAGUCCUGGAGUAACACACAGUAUAUGCAUCUUUCAAAGCUGCCUUCACUGUCAAGAAUGUCUUUGACAAGUAGAGAGGGACUGGUUAAUUGUAUCCUAACUCUCUGUUCUGCACUAUGGAUUUUGUUAGUCUGGACAUCCUGGAAUCGAGUGGCCUUGGAUAGUCUUAUUUUUAGUCAUAUAUGUAUGAAAAUAUAUCCUUACCUCUUGUCCCAGUUGGGUAACUUUGUAAUAAUUUUUCCUGCUACCUGAAAAUGCACAUAACACAGAACAAACCCAUCAAAUCCUGCUGUUUUUUAAUGACAUUUGUUGCAUUCCACCUAGAAGUGUGUACUUUCUUCGUUCAUUCAUGGCCCUGCCCUUUGCAUGGUUGCUUCUUUUAGUGCUUUCUCUUCCCCAUGUCAAUACUAAAGGUAUCCUCAGGGUGUACAGUUUCUAUAUACGGGUAUUUUUCUGAUUAUUUGAAGGAGGAGCAGCAUAAGGAAAAUUGGACUGCAACUGUGUCAAAUCAAUCCACCUCAUGUGAAGAACUACACUUUAUAGGGUCUGUGUUAAUUGUCCUUAACAUUUGGCUUGUCAUACUGCCAACCCAUUGAGCCCCCACCAAACCCAUCAUUUUCAUCAAAUUUGAUUUGAAGUUAGAUAGAUUGAAUGUUAGUUAUUCUACAUUCCUGUUUGUCAUAUAGUUAGUCAUCACAAUAGAGUGCCCAAGGGAUGACGUUUUUCUGUAGGCCAACCCGGAAACUAACUUUGCCCUGGUUCCCUUGUCAAAAAG